CUCUUUUCCGAACAGUUUGACAGACGAAAACAUCGACCUGCUGCUUCUGCUGCAGUCUUGUUGUCAUUACGGUGAAAUUGUGCACUAAGUGUCUAUUGAAACAUGUGGUAGUUGAGAACAGCUUGACAGUAUGAAGUGUCAUCAAAUACUUACGGGUGCCUGCAAUGCAGGUGACCGUUGCUUUGCUGUGGGGAGUGUAGAGGGAAUCCCAUUCACGGCAUAUGCAGCUGGUUGCAACAUGGUAAUCUUAGCCAGCACUUAUGAGCGUGUGCAAGUCAUUCCUGGGGUGUGCCAUGACAACGUCCAGAUAUCGUGUGUGGAUUGUUCAACAGACACUGGCAAGAUUGCCGCUGCAUAUGGAAAACUUGUUUGCAUAUUUGAACCAACACCACUUAAUAGUCAAACAAAUGGCCAUAGACUUGAUUAUCGAUGGAUUCAGACUGGCAUAAUUGAAGCAGAAAGUUACAUCAACACCAUGUCCUGGAAUUUGGAAGGUACUCGCCUUUUGACCGCAGGAGAUGUCUUACAAAUGUGGGCAGCUCCUCUUACAAAACUGACUGGAGAAGAGACCUCUGGACCAGUGACAUUUGAUUUGGAAUGUGACAGUAGUGAUGAUCCUGAACCUCUCUGGACCUGUGUUUGGCGAUGUGUUACAGCAGCACCAACAGUAUUUUUAACCUUUUCCCCUGAUGGUACACUCUUUGCAACCGCUGCUGCUAAUGAUCGUUUAGUCAAGAUUUGGUAUGACAAUAAACAUAUUUUAGCACCUACGCGACCUGCCGAAGGUUCUGGUUCUGCUAGUGACUUUACAAGAUCAUCAAUUAGUUAUAGUUACAUUUAUCUGCCUCAUCCUAGUGCUGUAAAAGGUUUCACUUGGAGAGCUACUAGCAAGUAUAUGCCCAAAGGAAGUGUCAGCAACAUGCUUGUGACGUCAUGUAGAGACAACAUUAGUCGUGUGUGGGUCGAAACUGUAUUACCUGAUGAUGGUUUAGUGUCUCUACACCACCUAGAUCCAAUAGCUGCUCAAAAUCCUCGGUUUCGAACUCAUCGUCACAAGCAUCGCUUCAUGCAGAGACUGAAACACAUGAAGGCUUGUUUCCAGAUGAGAAGACCUCCAGGCAAAGGUGGUGGGCAUGUGCUUGGAAACUUGGCUGGGUUAGGUACAGAGCCCCUUCCUACCAUACCUUCAUCAUAUUCAGUACAUGAUUUCCACAUGUAUGGUAUUCAUGCUACUGGAAUAACACCAGGUUUCCAGUUUCAUCUAGCGGCUUCAAUCAAUGCAGAAACAGACAUCCCUCUAGUUCCCAGCAUCAGUGGGAUAACAACUUGUGGAGAUGCUGAACAAAACUUUGUCAUCCACUGGUUAAAUAAUAAAGAGAUGCACUUUACCUCAGAGGCUGAAAAUAUUUUACUUGAGAUAAGUCGAAGAGCUUUGGAAAAGGAAACACUUUCUUUAGAUCAUGAUCGGCAAAGUGAAGUGAGUGAUCCAGAUGAUAGCAAACAGAGAACAGCUGCAGGUAUGCGCCUCGGUUCUAGAACUCCCUCUCAUAUGACCGUGCGAACACGAAGUGUGGAAGAGGAUGAUGUUCCAAGCCAACAUUCAGUGCGUUCUUCUCACCAACCUCUGAGUGCGGCUACCUCAACGACAUCCAUUGCUACUGAUGUCACCACCGCAACAACCUCAGCCCUAGGUGAUGCUCUCGACCGAAGAAUAGAAACAUUGUUACGAGAUUGGCAUCAGACCUCUGAUGUUUUGUUCUCAAUACAUCCUGUGGAUGGAUCACUCUUAGUAUGGAUUGUAGAUUUUCUAGAUGAUCAUCCUGGAUCUUUUCGUCAAGCUCAAGUUUCAUUCAGUGCACGGAUACCAAAUGCACUACCUUUGGGAGACGCCAUGACUAUGUCUCCUAAUCUUGCCAUUUAUAAUGGAACGACUCCAUCCUUCCUGAAACAGCUUCUUAAACUCGAAUUAGCUCAUGAAGAAGAAAUGCGUGGAGGCAAGAACAAAAGCAAGAGCAAUUUAACACUCACUAGCAGUGAUGACAGGGAUAAGAAUAGCAGCUAUAGUCAUCCUUCACCUAUCAUAUCCAUGACUACAAAGCAUAGCAAUGGUUCUCUAAAUCUUUGGCACCUAACAGUUGCUGAAGGCUCAAGAUUCACUCAGGUGCUGAAUAUUUCUCAUUUUACAAGAGUAUGUGGUCAUCGAUUCCAACUAAAUGACAUGAAGUGCCAUCCAGUACUUCCCUUGUUGCUUUCGACCUCGCAUCACAACAAACGUGAAGUGUCGCCAAGCAUGGCUCAAAUGCCUACAGCUGAUGACACUCCUUUGAUUUGCAUUCAGGAUACAACCUACAGAGACUGGUGCAGCGAGCUUAUUCUUUGGCGUGUGGAUGCAGUUGGUCCAUUAAGUAAGUCUGGAGGUGUUACAGAAUUGGCUCGGGUUAAUUCACCUCAGGUCUCAGCCUUCUCUAAUGCAGCAUGGAUACCUACAUUGUUACCUAGCACUACUCUAGGGAGCGUCUCAAACUCCCCUUCAGCGUGCUUUGUUGCUUCAGACGGUGAGUGCCUACGUGUUUAUCAGGCUGUUAUAGAUGGACGGGCACUUUUAGCUGAAAUAUCCACUGCUGAACGUAAGAAGCAGAUGAUGGAAUCAACAUUGAGUCUUUCAACUGAUAGUUCUUUACAAGAACACGUUGGACAAGUGAACUUAUCUGAUAUAUUUGACAUAGUGUCAGAACAAUCAACAGCUCGACCUGGUUGUAUUAUUGAAUUAGACGCUAUUGGAGAUGCAACACAUGAUUGGCAAAAUACUCAGUUCCUUCAUGUUUUUCAAGAAGGCCUCAUUAAAGGGGAAAGAGGCUCUGAUGCAGGCAAGGAGGCUUCAUCAAUGUUCGAUCCUUCAAAUGCACCUAUUGUGGAUUUACACUCAGCAGCCGUAUUUGAGGAGCCCUUCUAUAUCACACUUCUUGAAAAGACUAACGCUGGAUCGGUAAUGCACAUGUGGCGUCUGGUCAUUGCUUCAGAGGCUCACACAGUUAAUACUGGUGAGAAUGAAGGUGGACAAGGAGCCUCAGGCCAUAGCACUCCAGUCGCGGAUAAUACAGCUGGUCAAGGGCACAUUGAUGCAUCUCCAAUUGUUAUAACUACAUUUAAGAUUUGUGCACAACCUCUUCCUUUGCCUGCAGGAGUGCAAGUUGUACAUGCAUCUCCGGCAGCAGGUCAUCUAAGUUCAGCAUCUAUUUACCCAGCAUGUUAUGCUCCUUAUCUAUUGGUAACGGCAUGUUCAGAUAAUACUGUUCGGUUCUGGAGAUGUCGCAUGACGGGAAGAGGAGAUAAUUUGGAAAUUCAGUGGCAGGAGUGGUACAUGGUCAGCAAAGAUGGGAAGAGUGCAAUUACUGUUCCUGGUAAGCCACUUCAUGUGUCUGCUGCAUAUAGUGGGAGGAUUGCUUGUGCAUACCAGACACCUUUACCCUUGCAUGAUGAUUUAUCCUCAGCAGAUGAAGGAAGCAUUACAUUCUCCUGUUCAUUGGCAAUAUAUGAAUGUGAAUCUACGGGAGGUUCUCAGUGGGUUUUGGAAGACAAGUUUGACCUUAAGGAUACUGUGUCAAACCACGGAGAUGCCAGUACUGCUGACUUUGAUAUAGCCUACCUCUCCAAGGUGGCUCAAGGACGAUCAAAUACGAGAUUAACUUCAGCACUAAGUCAGGAAGAUUUGUCGCAGCCAUUCCAUGGUGACCAUGUUUCAUCUGAUGCUCUCCAUUCGAUAUCUAGUCAGUUAUUGGUGCCAAGUCCUAGUACUCUGCAUUCACUAAGGAGCAACCGUUUUGAUAAGCGAGGCGUUAGUGUCAAACAGAAACACCCAGUUCAGAUUGACUGGGUAUCCAAAGAAGAUGGUUCUCACCUACUAACUGUAGCCAUAGGAAGUAAGAUCUUAGCUUAUACUAGUGUUGCGGAUGAAGUUGCAAUGAUGAGUUAUAGUGAAGGAAAUAAAGACAAGGAUGCAAGACCUAGACCCUCACUUCAAAAAUCCCUGUCUGUCCACAAUUUUUCAGAUAUAAACCUGCCACGGUGGAUGCGUUUAGAAAAGUUGUCCUUAACAACUGCAGAUGGACUUGCACCAUUACCCAUGCAAGUUUCCUGGGUUCGGGAUGGCAUUCUUGUCGUUGGAAUGGACAAUGAAAUGCAUGUAUAUUCACAGUGGCAUAUACAUAGUGACCAGAAAGAGCCAUCCCAAGUACAGGAUGGGCCUUGUGUAAGAGAAGGGAGCCGAGAUUUGACGGAGGCUGACCUGAAGACUUAUCUACAUGAAACCACUCACAAUGCAAAGACAAGUGCCUCUGUGUCAAGAGUUGCAUCUUUUUCUGUUUUAGCAGCUCUUGACAGCAAGAUGAAAAAGGGCUUAGGUGAAGUUAUGGCCACACCAGAUGAAGUGGAUAGCCCAGCAAAUUUUGUAUCAGGAAUCUUUGAAGCUAGUCAUAUGGCUUCACCAGUGCUUCCACAGUAUCACCCAAGACAGUUGAUGGAGCUGUUGAACUCUGGGAAAAUCCGUCGUGUCAAAGCCAUUCUUGCUCAUUUAGUAAGAUGUUUAUCACAGCUUGGUCAACGCAGUGUUGAUGUUGUAAAUCGUACCAGCGUUUCUGAUGGUGAUGAUAAUCGCACACGUAGUUGGUCUCGAUCUCGAACUCUGUCUAUGUCUGGGAAUCAAGGAGGAUCCUGUAGCAGAGAUGGACGAGGAUCUCCAACUUUAUUACCAGAAGAACUAACUCUAGACUAUAUUGAAGUAACCUCCAUACCUCCCCUUCCUUUGUGGCUCUUACUUGAGGCUGACAAAGACACACAGACCCAUCAAACAAAAAAGACAGACAAUAAAGAGGAAACUUAUGCUGAACUGUUUGGAGCUCCUGCUAUGUCUGUUGAAGAUGAUGACUUAAUGUUAGACGAUGAUGAAGUUGAUGUGGGUGGUUCACGACGGAAGUCCCUUACACAUGAAGUUAAAAGCAUUGCCUUUUUUGGUCCACGUCAGGCUCAGAUUUUAGCUGCCCUGCUGACUCAUACACACUUACCAGGACUUUCUAGCUUGGAUCAGAUGCAUUUAUUGGCUUUAGCUGAUACUGUUGCAUCUUGCAAUGUAGACUUUGCUGAUCGUUUUGACAUUAAUUUAGCAAAGGAGGCUCUAGCAAAGGAAACAUAUUCCAGAAGUGCCACUGAUGAACCUUCAAUGGAUGCCCUAGAUGACUGUGGUCUUCGGUUUCUUUUAGCUGUACGACAUCACACUUAUUUACUGAGGUGCCUCCCAAUUGCUCAGCGUGCUGCUUUGCAGAAAGGUGGAAUUGGAAGUCACAAUUUUGUAUGGGCUUUCCAUUCAGAAAGUCAGGAAGAAAUUUUGGACUUUAUACCUUCUGUUAGGCAUGGAAAUCCCAGGUGGUCUGAACUUCGGGAACUGGGCUUCGGAUGGUGGGUUCGAAAUAAUACAUUACUGUCACGAAUUAUCAGCAAGGUUGCCAAGGCUGCUUUCCAGCUGAAGAAUGACCCAUUAGAUGCAGCAAUAUAUUAUCUUGCAAUGAAAAAGAAGAGUUUAGUAUGGGGUUUAUUCCGGUCAAUAGAUGACAGACGAAUGACUGCAUUCUUUGCAAAUAACUUUUCUGAAGAACGAUGGCGUAAAGCAGCCUUAAAAAAUGCUUUUGCACUAUUGGGCAAACAGCGCUUUGAACAUGCUGCAGCAUUCUUUCUCUUGGCUGGGGCUUUAAAAGAUGCUCUUGAGGUUGUGCUUAAUAAGCUUCAGGAUGAACAGCUGGCUCUUGUUAUUAUUCGUAUGUAUGAAGGAGAGCUUGAGGCAGUCCCUCCAACUCUGUGCAAGCUCCUAUACACUAGAGUUUUGGGAAGAGAUGAGGAAGGUGAAAAUAUGACUGUAAUGAAAGUUCACCCCAACCCCUUCAUCCGCUCCACAGCUUAUUGGAUGAUAAAGGAUUAUGGUAAUUCUUUAAACACACUUUUGCAAACAGAUCCAACUCUAGGAAUCCAUCACCCUGAUUACACUAGCAAUAAGACUUCAUCAAGAGGUGUUAGUGCAGCUGAUCCUAGUGUCUUCAAUUUCUACAUUUACUUGAGAACUCACCCUCUUCUUAUUCGCCAAUGCAUAGCCAAUAGUGCAAAGGAUACUGGGUCCUUUAUGGCAUCUCGCUUUGGAUCAGGACAGGAUACUUUAGACAAGAAGAGUGUUUAUGAAAGCAGCAUGACACCUUUGGAAAGACAACUUUAUUUCACGACUGCCCACGCUCAUUUGCGUUCUGGUUGCCCAACAUUGGCAUUAGAAGUUCUUUCUAAGCUGCCUGAUAAUGUAAUCGAUCCAGAUAAUCCAGAGACGGGAGAUCUUCUGGGGAGUCCAUCUAAGGAACAGAAACCAGCACUAGGGUUGAUACACACGGGAACAUUAGAUGGCGGUGAUCUCUUCAGUAAAGGCACAGGAUCAGAUCAGGGUGGUGGUAGAGCUGCUGACUUAUUUGCGUCCGAUUCUGGCGGUGGAUUUGACUGGUCUACACCAUCGUCAAUGUCUAAAAAGGACGAUGGUCUUGAUCUUGAUUUCUCACUUGGAGGUGAUGAAGAGGAGGAGGAAGAAGAAGAAACCGUUCUUCCUGAAAAAGACAGGAAGCCAUCUGAUACUGAAUAUGAUGAAGGUUUGUCAGAUUCCAGCCAGAGAAAUUUGGAUAUAAUGGCACAGCAACUGAAAUUUAUGUCCUGCCUGAAAAUGAUGAUGGAAGAACUAGCAACACUGGCAACUGGUUGUGAAGUGGAUGGUGGACAACUUCGUUAUCAGUUAUAUGUUUGGAUUGAGAGAGAGGUUGAAGCCUUGAAGGAAGUUUGCAAUUACUGCAGCACACUUCAUGUUGGUGCUAACUACAGCCUGUUGCAGGAUUUAGACUGGGGAUCGGACCUCAUAAAGUCACUCCCUGCCGAUGAGGUGGAACAAGUUCCAGUUCCUUCCCCAAUCAAUAUUAAUGAGCCAUCUACACUACAUGAGAUUUUGCAGCAGGAAAAGCUAGAAUUUGAAGAAAAAUUAGAAAGAGCAGCGAAACGGAAGCGAUGGUUGAUGGCCAACCAACAACUUUUAAGGACGCUACUUAGUUACUGUUCACUACAUGGGUCAAGUGGCGGUGGACUAGCAUCUGUCAGAAUGGAGUUGAUUUUGCUACUGCAGGAACUUCAGCAAGAAAGUAGUAAACAGCAGUUGUUAUCUCCUUUGCCUUUUCCUACAACACUUCCUUUAUUAUCUGCUUCCAUUGCCUCCAACAAGACAGUGGUAUCAGAUCCUGUUCGUCAUUUGCAGGCUGGCACCCAUGAACUCUUACAGUCUUUGUUGGAACUAUCAGGAGUGGCACACCCAGAUUCUCUGCUUAUGUGUCAGGCUAAUGUGCUUAGGAAUUUGGCAGCAGCUUUGUCAGCUUGCAUCUACCAGUCUCUUUGUGAUUCAGAAACCUUCACUGUCAAGGCUCAACACAGAGUGGCUGCAUUAGGAGUUGACAUUCAGCAUGUAACAGUAGCUCAUCGUGAAUCUCACUUAGUUGGCCGUGACUUUCGAAAUGGACACUCACAUGAUGAGGAGCCAAUGCAAGUAUGCACAGCCCCAGCCAAAUGGCCAGGCGUGACGUCUCUUUUAGCACUGGUUGCCAGAGAACGUGAUGAGGACACACCUAAGUUAAAUGUCCUCUUGUGUGAAGCCUUUGUUGCUGUAUACUUAAGUCUUCUAGUCCAUGGAAUAUCUGCCAGUGAUGCAUAUGUUUUAUAUCGUCUUGUAGCUCAGCCAUUAAAUGAAAAAGAAUGGGCUGUUGUAUUUGGAGGUGGAGUCAAAAAGCUUCUAAAAGUUAUUACCAAUGUCUUACCAAAUCAGACUUCUUUAGAAAAAGAAGCAGGACCUGUUAGUGGUGAAAGGAUCCUUUCUACCAUUUCAAGCCUUCAGAAGACACGCAUGAAGUUCAAUAUGAAACUUUUAGGACAGUUAGGCUUUCAGGACCCACGAGGCUCCUCUAGUGAUGGUGAAGCAAAACCAGCAUAUAGAGAGCAGUUCCUUCCCCCUGAAAUGUCAAUUAUUACACUUUUGAUGAGGAAGCCUGUUCUUCCUCCUGAACAAGAAAAUAUUGACUAUGAUUCAAGUGCAAGUGAUGAUGAACAAGAAGACAUAGAUUACGAGGAGGAUGAAGAUGUUUUCAAAGAGCCCAAGGUUAUUGCAGAUAAUACAGAACACAGUGACCCUGACUCCUACUCAUGGUGCCUGCUACGACUGGCCACAGUGCGUGCAGCAAGAAAUGUGGUCAGUCGGUUUUUGGAAAUAGCAGGAGUCGAGUUUCAGGGUAAGGGCAAAGAGUUACCCAUGCAGAGUCCAUUACUGCAUUCCAUUCUGAGGACAAUGAAUCAGUGGUUAUCUGCACUGGUAGACCACAUUGAAGACAAGAAAGGGCCACCACCAGAGUUCAUUCCUGGCUGCUUUGCAGAAAGUGCAGUUGCAGGACCAGCUAUUCUGAAGUACAGAGGACUCCUUGAAACUCACAAUACGCCUUUUGCUCAUAAUAAAAGAGGAGUAAAACCUGUGCAGCGGCUAUGGAAUUACUUAGUGAGACAGGAAGAAGUUCAGGACAUAUUUGUGAGGUAUAUCUUUGGCCGUAAAAGGCCAGCACCUGAACCUAUGCAGUAUUCAGAUCAUGUCGAUGAUGCAAUGAGUGAUGUAGAUGGUGUAGAUGGAUCUGGGACUGGCGAGUGUGGGUCAGAGAUGGGAGGAGAGAGUCAUCAUGAGCCCUCAGAACAUGGUGGACCAUCAUCAGAGACUGCUGUGCAGUCCCUCGAACCUGUUCGUAUUAUACAUAAAGAACAAGACUCUAUAACCUCUUUCUGCAUUAAUAGGGUGAAUGCUGGUUUGAUGGCUGUGGCCACAGUCCGAGAAGUUCAGGAAUUAGAUGUGUCACUGCUAUUAGAUCAUCCAGGAUGGCUUACUAAUGAAUGUGAACUUGAUGUUUUAGCCCUUAACCAGGAGCCAGAUGCUGUUCCAUCUUCUAAUUUCCUUGUUGUACAGACUCCAAUGGAUAAGAAUGUUUUAGAUCCUGGAAGAGGAGGGGUAGAUGGCAAUCUUUCCUCAUCAUCAAGCAUCAAUUUCCCUGCAAUGAAUACUGGUCCAAUGAGUCAAACAGGUCGUGGUACUAAUGUGGUUCUUAGCCAUCGAAUUGAGGGGACUCGCCGUAUGGCUUCUCAUCCUGUCUUACCAUUAUAUCUUUUGGGGUGCCAGGAUGGUUCAGUGGUAGUGAGAGAAUGGCAUCACAGUGCUGUUGUAGCUAGGCCAAGGCCAGGUGGCACAUUUGCCAAGGUAGCACGAGUUCGCUUCAAUCAGCAAGGAAACAAGUUUGGAGUUAUAGAUGGUGAUGGAAAUCUCUCUCUCUACCAGUUGGGUCUUGCAUCACAGGCCAGCAAACCGUAUUAUACCCAUCAGUGCCAUAACAAACAUGGAAGUGACUUCAUUUUUGUGGGAUCUUCUAGCCUACUUGCCACAGCUGGUCAGUCAUCUGAACAUCGUAAUGUUGGACUUUGGGAUACUUUAAUGCCUCAAAGGAAAGCCAAUGUUGUAUCUUGGACUUGCCAUGACAAUGGGGCAUCAGCACUUCUGUAUGCUCCACAGCAUCAGGUGAUUUUAUCAGCUGGUAAAAAGGGUGGAGUUUGUAUAUUUGAUGUGAGGCAGAGAACUCUACGUCAAAAAUUCCAUGCUCAUGAUGCUGCCAUCAAAUGCAUGGCUCUUGAUCAGAGUGAAGAAUUUUUCUGUACAGGAUCUGCUGAUGGAGAUAUCAAGGUAUGGGGCUUGUCUAUUCAUAACCUGAUAUAUAAUUUACCAGGUGAACAUUCACGUUCAUCUCUAUUCAAAAAUCUAAGUCAGGGUGUAACACAGCUUCAUCUUGAUGGCAGUAAUCGUUUGUUCUCAUGCGGAGCUGAUGGAUCCAUUAAACUUCGACAGCUUCCAGAAAGGGAUCUCAAUGUUAGUCUUCUGUAAAUGUAUAAGGUACAGCAUUGUUAACACUUACCGUUACCCAGUUGUUUCUCAUAUAUUUCUUUUGCCUGUAAAGGUUAGCAGUCUGUUGGGUUUAUCUGUGGUGAGAAUGUACAGUAAUCAUUAUAGUGUAUUUGACUUUUCAACUGAGAAAAGUUAUGUAUUAAAUUCUUAAUCAUAUAUAGCCAGUUAUGUAGAUUAAUUGAAAUAUGUUGUGAUAUACUUAUGUGUUUGGCUUGAAGAAAUGUUUAAUAUUCUAUUCACCAGAUUUAGCAGGUAGUAACGAGGAGUAACAAUUCAAAUGUUUGUUAUAAUUGCUUUGUAGUGUGUUUGAAGUCAUUGACUCUUGUUUGUUAAAUAGGAAAAAAGCUAUCUUUGUAACAAAUGUUGCCACUUCCACCAUGAAAGAAUGAUUUAUUUUAUUCAACUAAAAUUGCUGCUUCUUUUAGAACUGUAAAAUGAAAGAUUUUCACUCAGUUUUCUGAAGCAAUUGAGACUGUAUGACAGAUACUUAUUAAUAUAAGCCAUUCUUAAAGUAAUACCUAAUUGUUGUAGCGUUGAGUUCAAGAUGCUUAAAAGCAUGACAAAGUAUCGAUUCUUAUUAAGCCAGACAGCAGGGUAUUGCAGUUAUGUACAAGACAACAUUUUGCAUUUAGUAUAAGAUUGUGUAAUUAAGAAGAAUUCAGUAAAAUGCAGUAGUUUAAUAGAUGGUGUAGAUUAAAAAUUAAAAGGAUAUAGUGUAUUUAUGAAACAACAUUUAAUCCUGUAAAUGGAAAUUUUUUUUUAAACUGAUAAUAAUUACAGAAUAACUCUAGUUCAAGAAUUUAACAAGGUUCAUGGCUGUAUUGUGAUGCUUUUUCUCCCAGCUGCGUUGCAUCCUGUCUCUUAUUUUUAUGUAUUCAUUUUGUUUUCUUCCAAUAUACUGUCCAACAUUUUCCUUGAUUUUCACCUAGUUUUCAGUCCUUAUUUAAGAAUAAAUCCUUCAGCAGUCUUUGUGAAAGUUUAGAACUUUAAUUAAGAGGUAUAGUAUACUACCAUACUCCCUAAUGGUAGUUGAUUGAAUUGAUAUGCAUUAAAAUUAACCAUGAUUAUUCCAUGGCUUGUAAGUUGAUAGGUAUGAUUAAAGUCCUUGUAAAGCCUGUAUGUAAUUCUUGUACUGUCGUGGUUUUGCAAAUUUUAUUUUUUAUAUUACUAACAACAUCUUUUAUUUUAUCCAUAGUACUUGGUGACAUUUAAAAUGAAAUGUAUAUAGAAUAUAGAAAUAAAGUAGUAUAGUAUUUAGCUGGUACACAAGUUUCAGUGAUCUACAUUGUUAGAUAUUAUAGGUACGUACAUAUUUAAAUAGUUUAUUAGAGUGAUGUUUCAGUAUAUUGUUAUAUAUGUGAGAUUAGGGCGUAUUAAAAUGAAGUUAAUGUGAUACUGAAAUUAGUUUCUGUUGUAGUAUGGCAUUAGAACCAUUAUCACUAGAACCAGUUUUGUAGCACACAGGAAAAUAAAUGGUAAAUUUCUUUGCCUGCUUCAGUCAUACGUUCAGUAUUUUAGCAAGUGGUUUUAGUUAGUAAUAAUACAGACUGAGACAAGGAAGUUUGACAGUUUUCUUUGUUUAUGUGCAGAUUCAUAUGAAUCAAAAUUUUCUGUUGAGUUUUAUGUUUAAAAACAAAAUGAAGUACUGUAUUUUGGCUGAAUAGACAUCAAGUACCUUUCAAGGUAAAGUGCUAACAGUGAUAUCCAUGUGCCAGAGUUACAGUCAGCAAUUAUAAAAAUAUGGAUGUAUUUUUAUUUACCUUUUGAAAGUGAUUUUUUUUUUUUGUAUUCUAGAAGCGUGUAAUGUAUUAGGUAUAGUUUUAAGUGAACAAGAUGAAUAUAUUUAUUUAUUUCCUUCUGUGUUUUGUAGAGUCAGUAACAAUACUGUAUAUUCUUUGUAUAUUUACUGGUAGGUUCAAGUGUUUUCUGACCUUAUAGAUUAAUAUAUUUUUAUUCAUAUUGUAUAUAAAUGCCAACCAUUAGAUAUUUUAUUUCUUUAUGUAUAGUACCUUGUAUUCUUUUUAAGAUUCUUGUAAUAUACUGUUGAUGUUUUGAUCAUAUACUUGUGUGUUCUUUUUUUGUUUUCUCUUUACCCCUCUUAUUGGUGCUCAUCGAUAUUUGAAAAGUUUUGAAUCAGGAAAUGUGUAGAGAUUAACUAAAACGACAAAUGAAGUGUUAUGAUAUACAGUACAGUACUUUGAAUGUCCUUUUGCUAAAUGUUUUUGUGUGGUAUAUUUAACAGUUUAUUCCCUUUUAUGUAAUAGUUGCUGUAUGAUGAAAUGGACAUUAUCCAUUUCAUCAUGGAAAAAAAUAUCUUCAGGUACAGUAUAGUACUUUGUGUAAAAGGGAAAUUCAGUUUAAUUUUUCCAUUUCAAAUGCAGUUACAUGUUAAGGUAUGUGUUUAAUACACGAGACUAGUGAGGAUGAAUUUUGAAAUAUGCCUUUAUACAGUGCAUAAUUGGUAAUGGAAGAUAAAAGCACACAAUUGCCUUGCAUUUCCUCUUUUGUUGUUGUUUAAACAUAUGGUACUGCACAUAAACUAAUUUUAACAGUUACCUUAGGUUUAUGUUACACAUUCCAUAACAUCUUUCUUCAGUGAGCAAGUUUUAUUUCAGUGAAGAAAGGUUUUGUAAAUAAAUACAAGUAAACUGUA